GCCAAUCCAGGGCGCGCGGGCUGGCAGUGUUUGCUCCGCCCCCUGGCAACAGGAAGCGACAUAGCGUCAGGGCGUGUGCGCAGAUGCUGUGGGCGGUGGUUUACGUUCGGAGUGCGCAUGGGCAGAUAAACUGCAUCCGUUUGUCCGAGCGGAGGGGACUGUGGGCGCCAUCUUCUUCGAGGCUCCCUAAAUGUUCUUCCGGUUGUAGAAAGAGCGGUAGCGAGUAGUAGUGCGCCCUUCCUCUCGUCACCACCGCCGCCAGCCCAGGCCUCGCGUGUCCGACGCGGCAGCUGUGCGUGUCCACUGCCACGCGCGGAACGAGGCGGCGGAGGUGGAGCCGGGCUGGCGGCAUCGCGGGCGACGGACCCGGGGACGACGGGCAGGGGCCGCGCCGGGAGCCAGCGUAGCUUCUGCCGUUCGCUUCCCACCUACUCGCCUUCCCAGCCGUCUGCCUGUCGGGGGUGUUGUGUGUGCGCGACCGCGGAGACCGCUCUGCUAGUUAAGUUGCUUUUACAGAAUUAACAGGGUCUACAAGAAAUUAAAAAUAAAAAAAGGUUAUUAUUGCUGUGGUUUGAACUCAGCAUGGCUGUAGUCAUCCGUUUACUGAGGCUUCCUUUAAUUGCGGGGCCUGUGGAUAUUCGUCAUUUCUUCACGGGAUUGACUAUUCCUGAUGGAGGAGUGCAUAUAAUUGGAGGGAAAAUAGGGGAGGCUUUUGUUAUUUUUGCAACAGAUGAAGAUGCAAGACGUGCUGUAAGUCGUUCAGGAGGGUUUAUCAAGGAUUCAUCUGUAGAACUCUUUCUUAGUAGUAAGGCAGAAAUGCAGAAGACUAUACAGCUGAAAAGAACUGAUCGCCUAGGAAGAAAGUGGCCAGGAUCUGGGGCUUCGGGGUUUGGAAAAUUACCUAAUUUUGCUGAAGUUGUUAAAGAAGAAACAAGUAAUUCUGAGUAUGACUCUUCAAGUAAUCAAGAUGCUGGAUUUCGUACUAAUGGUAUAGAACAUGGUGAUUCAAGACCAAGAAAGACAAGACCAUUGAAGGCUGAGAAUCCUUAUUUGUUUCUACGAGGUUUGCCUUAUUUAGUGAAUGAAAAUGAUGUACGUAUUUUUUUCUCUGAUUUGUGUGUGGAUGGAGUAAUUUUCUUAAAGCAGGAUGAUGGCCGGAACAGUGGUGAUGCCAUAGUAAAAUUUGCUUCAUGUAUUGAUGCUACCGGAGGUCUUAAAUGCCACAGAAAUUUCAUGGGGUCAAGAUUUAUUGAGGUAAUGCAGAGCUCAGAACAACAGUGGAUUGAGUUUGGUGGUAAUGAAACUAAGGAUCAUGACAUGCCUAUAAGAAAUGAACAUUCUCCAUCAAGAGGAUUUAGUGAUAGAUAUUUUCGAAAGCGGUCUCAUUCAGAAUCACCCAGAAGAACACGUUCUCGUUCUCCACUUGGACAUUAUGUUCACUUAAAAAAUCUCUCACUAAAUAUUGACAAAAGAGAUAUAAGGAAUUUUUUUAGUGAUACAGAUCUAUCUAAUGAACAGAUUAGGUUUUUAUAUAAAGAUGAAAGAAGGACAAGAUAUGCUUUUGUGAUGUUCAAGACUCUAAAAGACUAUAAUACUGCUUUAGCUUUACAUAAAACUGUCUUACAGUAUCGUCUAGUCUAUGUUGAUCCUGUUUCUAGGAAACAAAUGCUGAAAUUCAUUGAAUAUUAUGAAAAGAAAAGACCACCAUCAGCAGAGAAAGAGAGACUUGGACAUGCUUCACAAAAAUAUUCUCAAGAAGGCUACUCUGGCCAGAAACUGUGCAUAUAUAUAAGAAAUUUUCCAUUUGAUGUUACAAAAGUUGAAGUGCAGAAAUUCUUUGCAGAGUUUUCUCUUCCUGAGGAUGACAUUUACUUGCUUUAUGAUGACAAAGGAUUUGGUCUGGGAGAAGCAUUGGUGAAAUUUCAAUCAGAAGAACAGGCCAUGAAAGCAGAGCGUUUAAACAGACGCAGAUUCUUGGGGACGGAGGUUUUAUUAAGACUUAUAUCUGAUGCCCAAAUGCAAGAGUUUGGUGUUAAUUUUCCCUUGAUGCCCAAUGAGAAAAUACGUGAUCACUCACAGUCAUGUGACAGAGAUGACUAUUGUCAUUCAUUUGACUCAAAUGAUCCACACAUACACUCAGUUGGACCUUCUGAAAACUUUAGGCAUCCCCAGGGGAAUUUUCGACAGGUGGAUAGGCGACCUCCAGAGGACUUCAGGUGUUCCCCGGAAGACUUUAGAUGCUCUCGGGAAGGACACUUCAAGCAACCUCAUGAUGAAGACUCCAGGCGCUUUCGGGAGAAUUCCAGGCACUCUCGGGAGAGCUCCAGGCACUCUCGGGAGAACUCCAGGCACUCUGCGGAGAAGAACUUUAGGCACCCUCGGGAGGAGGAUUGGAGGUGUCCCCCUGAGGAUUACAGGAGACCACCUAAGGAGGACUGGAGGCGGCAGGUGGAGGGAGACUUUCAGAGGCUACCUGAGGAGGAUUGGAAAGGACCACAUAGGGAAGACUUGAGACGGCAUCCUCAUGGGGAAUGGAGACGACCAGCUGAUGAGGAUUUCAGGCAACUACAUGAUGAGGACUAUAGGCAGCAAUCUGAGGAAGACUUUAGGCAAUCUCCUGAGGAGGAUUAUAGGCAUUCUCCUAAGAACUUCCGGCGGCCACCCCACGGACACUUAAGACGUCCUCCCCCAGGACACUUCAGGAGGCCAUCUCAGGAGCACUUUCGACGACCAUCCCAGGAGCACCCUCGACCAUCCCAGGAGCACCCUCGACGGCCACCCCAGGAACAUUUUAGGCGUCCUCCCCAGGAGCACGUUCGGAGACCACCCCAAGAGCAUUUCAGGCGACCAAGAGAGGAAGGAUACAGGCAUUCACUGGAUGAAGAUUUUAGGGAAACUCAUGAUGAAGAUUUUAGGCAUCUUCAUGAUGAGGACUUCAGGAUCCCCCAGGAGGAGGGUUUUAGAUGUUCUGAUGAGGACUUUAGGAGACUGCCUGAGGAGGAUCUUGGGGAAGCUCUGGAGGAGGACCCUAGACUUCCAGACAAUUUCAGACCUCCUGGUAGGGACUUUAGGAGUCCACCAGGUGAUUUUAGAAAUCGUCGUCCUGUUGUGAAUUUUGGUCGUCCAGAAGGUGGCAAGUUCAAUUUUGGAAAGCGUAGUAUGGAAAAUUUUCCACCAGGGAAAUUUAUUCCUAAUCCAAAAUUAAAUUGUAGCUCUGGUAGAGUAACUCCUAUUAAGAUAAUGAAUCUUCCAUUUAAAGCUAAUGUUAAUGAGAUUUUAGACUUUUUCCAUGGUUACAAAAUCAUACCUGAUUCAGUUUCAAUACAGUAUAAUGAGCAAGGAUUACCUACAGGGGAAGCCAUUGUUGCUAUGAUAAAUUAUAGUGAAGCUAUGGCUGCUAUUAGAGAUCUAAAUGAUAGACCAGUUGGCCCUCGAAAAGUUCAAUUAAUUUUGCUCUAGAGAGCAUUUCUAAAUUCACACUUAUCUUACCUACAGUAUUGAUGCAGUAAACUAUAUUUGUUGAAUGUUUUUCUUAAUUAUCUAAUGAAAAGGAACAUCUUCAUUUUGACCUGUGAAUAGAACAGAUGUAAAUAGAAUGUGAAUCUGACUUUCUUUGCCUGCAAAUUGCCUUUUUUUUUUAAUUUAAAAUUUUUUGAUGGAGAAGAAAAUUCCUUGAGUUUCCUUAAUUUUUGUUGAUGUCAUCGGUAAGCCACAAGAUCUGUAUAAAGUAGAGGUGUAUUUGGGAAGGAUAAAUCUUACAUUCACUUUUGUUUCCCUUUUGUAGUCUAUAUCUUACUAAACUGUGUAAAGAAAUAGUGAUUUCAUGUUCAGGUUUGGCAUUUUCAUUGCUAACUGCCUGUAGAAUUAAUGCCCUCUUCAUUGUCUUUCAGGUAUUACUGUGUUAACCCUAUUACUUACAAAUAGUUAAAAAAAAAAUGAACAGACUGUGAAUUUGAAGUUUACUUUGUAAAAAGCUAAGAUUCUUAAAAGUUUUUGGUCAUACAAAGUUUUAUAAAAUAAAAACAUUGCAACUGAA